AUAUUCAACAUGCUGCAAUGGAUUCUGAUGCAACAGACAAUGAGCUGGCCUGUAGUAAAAGCAGGGAAUGGGUUCACUUGCGCUCUCACAGAAAAAAUGCAAAGAUCUGGACAUGGAGACAUGCUAUAAACGUUAUAUCCAGCGCCUGACCGUGAUCAAUCUGUCGCUGUUUUUAUUCAUCGUGGAGCUGCUGUUUGCCAUCCACAUCCUAUUUCAGUUUGCCUAUUCGAAAUGCACCGUUAGGGUAUCUAUGCCAUAUGUAGUACUCAUGGUCUUGCUGCCGCUCAUACUUUUGAUUUGUUUCAAGAACAAAUCACACUAUAAACACUUUACCCUGUGGAACAAUCUUGCCAGCUGCACUGCCGCCUUGCUUGUGACGUUUAUAGAUACCUUCCUUAUGUUCAUGGUCGAUAAAACUGAUAAGCAUAUUAAGAGUUCCUACGAUCACAUCAUUAUAAUAUCGGUGUAUUUUUUUCUGCCAAUUGCCUUUUAUGGGAUACCCUCGCUGCUUGGCAUCGCAGUGUCCGUUUUAUAUAUUUUGUACUUUAUUGUCUCAAGUUUAUCCAUUUCUGAAGAGCUGACAUGGACCCUGCAUGGCUGCUAUGCCAUCUAUAUAAUCUCGCUAAACAUGCUGAUGGAGGCAUUUCGCAUUUUUAUGGAGUUCCAUUUAAGGCAGAUGCUAUUAAGACGUUACCAGCUGCUGCAUCAAAACUUCCUACUUAAGGCGGCCAUGCAGAAAGAGAAGGACAUGAUGCAGACGAUACUCCCAGCAGAUAUUGUCGAUACAUUGCUGCAGGAGAUCCACAAACGCAUCGAGGACCAGCGUAUCGGCACUCAUUUUCUAACUCCACUCAUCCUGUUCAUAGAACUGCACUCGGAUGUUUCCAUACUGGUUGCUGAUAUGGUUAAUUAUACGCACUUGACCACAAGGAUGGAUGUGAAGGAAAUCGUUAAGUUUCUCCAUGACAUCUUUGUCGGUUUCGAGCAGGCAGCAGAAAAGAACGAAGUGCUGCGCAUCAAAUUUUUGGGCAACAGCUUCACCUGUGUCUCGGGAAUACAAGAGCACAGUCGUGCGCAUGCCAAUUCCUGUCUAGACCUCGCUCUGGACAUGAUUAACAUGAUGGAGACUUUACGUGAGACUUAUGGCUUGAACAUUGACGUUCGCAUUGCCGUACACUCCGGCGAGGUGUUCACGGCCAUCAUAGGUCGCAUCAAGUGGCAGUAUGAUAUAUGGUCGCGCGAUGUGGAUAUCGCAUAUCGUUUGGAAUUAUUGGGCAUGCCGGGCAAGGUGCAUGUAUCCCAAACAACGCUCGAUUUUCUGCAUAACGAAUAUUUCUAUGAUGAGGGCACCUUUCUGGCCAAAGAGGAUCCUAUUUUAAAGAAGGCAAACAUUUUAACAUAUUUAAUAGGCCCACAGCCGCGUAAAUUUAUAAUCAAGACGGUCACCUAUAGCUACAUCUCAAGCUCAGAAUAUUCGGUCAUGUCUUCAUCGCGUGUAAAUAGUGAUAAAGAUCUUGAUACAGUCGGCGAGAUUCGGGAAAAAACCCAUGAAGGCAUGCUCGAAAAGGUGGAGUGCAUGCCCGUCGACGGGAUACAACUGGCAAGGAUUUUCGAUUUCUCUUAUCGAAUUGACAGGGGCAAUGAGGAUUACAUGUUUAAGCCGUACAUUUCCUCGUUCUGGAGACUCUUUCGCCAUAGUGAGGUUGAAUGGAACUACAUUAACGAGCCCAAUUUACUAUUGAAAUAUAGUCUGCUCAUUAUACUUUUCGUCGGCUUAUUAUUCCUUUUGCAGAACCUUAUGCUGCCAAAAACUACCUUCGUGUUUAAGCUGCUUUUAUUACUCGUAACUUUAAUGCUCAUAUGCUUCUUCGCCUUCUAUAAGAAGAUUGCGAUACAAUUCAGCAAGUCGCCCAAUACAUAUCAGCCGAAAUGCUUUGUACAUCGUUCUCUCGUCAUGCUGUCCGAGCUGUUGGAAGAGAAUCUAACCCUGCGCAUCUUUACGUACAUUAUAUGCAUAAUCAUAAUCUAUGCAAUGGCGACCCUGAAUACGGUUCUGCUGAAGUUGGAGCAAAUGCAGAAAAGUGGUGCCAAAAGCCAGCCAGACGACGAUUUGGAUAGAGAGACCUUCGAGCCUUGGGAGGCCACGCAAAAUGUUAUUAUGGUAUUUAUAGCCAUGUUUUUUGUUGUUGUUCCGCUGUUCUUUAAAGCAGCGAUAAUCGUCUUGAUGUGCAUCCUGCACAUCCUUACCGUGCAUACAUUUUAUACUAGUUUGCGUAGGGUGCAGACCACGAAUAUGGGCAUGACAUCGGAAUUGGCGAGCAUCUGGUACAUACUGGCAUUUACUUUAUUGGUUCUUAUCAAGGAGCAGCACGUUACAUACCUUAAAACAGUGAGCUAUCACUAUAAGUCGCUACAUAGGAAGAAGCACAUGUUAACGGAAAAAAGCAAACUGAACGCAACGAUUAUAAUGGCCAACAUCUUGCCCAGCCAUGUGGUUAAUUUGUUCCUGAAUCGUGAUGCGUCCGAUGAACUAUUUUGCGAGUCCUACGACAAGAUCGCCGUACUGUUCGCAACCAUUGUAAACUUUGAAUCGGAAAAGACGGGCUUGCGAGUGCUCAAUGAGUAUAUUUGCCUUUUUGAUGAUCUAUUGGCGUACUACAUACACAAUUUUAAGGUGGAGAAGAUCAAGGUCACAGGCUGGACAUAUAUGGCUGCCUGUGGCCUGAAAGUAGAUCCCGAAAUGGACAGUGCGCUAACAAUGCCAUUGUCAACAGAUCGGGCUAAAAGCUACAAGAAAAGCAAACAGAACAAUUUUACUGAAUAUAGCGUAACCUUUCGGGCUCACCAAUCCCGCUUCAGUCAUCCGCUUUUGGAACACGAUGACAAAUGUGUCCUGACCCUGGUCCACUUUGCUGCCGACUUGCUGCGCAUAAUGCAGGAUAUAUCCAUACUCAAUUAUAGUAUGAGCUAUGUCGACUCCAUGCCCGGACAACUGAAAAUAGGCAUCUCACAUGGACCGGCUGUGGCUGGUGUUGUGGGCUUGUCCCGCCCUCAUUAUGACAUCUGGGGUCACACCGUGAAUAUGGCCUCACACUUGGCAUUCUCUGGUGUUGCAGGCCGUAUACAGGUCACUGAACAUACGGCCAUAACAUUGGAACGCUUUGACAUCAAGUGUGAAUAUCACGGCAAAACGCACGCCAAGAUCGUAGGCGAGAUUCCCAUGUUUCUGGUGGAUAUGGAUGAGGACCUAAACUUUCAGUAUGUGGAUGAACUUUACUUGGAUUCUUCUGAGAUCGUUCACGCCGUUGGUCAGGAUACGAACAAAGGCAAUAUCAACAUAUUAUAUAUGGAACCAUCAGGUAGCUCGGAUGACGAUGUUGAGAACAAGAAGUAAUAGACUAUAAUUCAAUUAUUGUGAGUGAAGUAAGAGAGCCCUUCUAGGUAGGGCUGCCCGUCCUUGCUUGCCAGUUACCGCACUCAAUCUCAAUUUCACUCUUCACAAGAAUAAAAGUACAAAUUAAUCUGCACAGUUAAA